GGAAGUUGUUCUUUAUAAGGAUGUUGUUCGCAGUCCUUCGAGAAAUUGCAAGUGUCAAAUCAGCCUGAGAUCAACAAACCAAAAGACGAUCAGAAAACAAUUAAAUCUACAAUAACACAAUUGUACACAUUCUGUAUCGCAGAGGUGAUACACAUUGAGCCAGCCCUGGCUCACUCAUGGUUGAGCUGGAGACCCAGGAUCUAACCUGAUAUAAAAUGGCUUGUGUAGAUGAACCUCCAGAGAAGCACUGCUGGGUGUGUUUUGCCACUGAGAAAGAGGACCGUGCUGCAGAAUGGGUCAGUCCGUGCCGGUGUAAGGGCUGUACCAAGUGGAUCCAUCAGGCGUGCUUACAGCGAUGGCUUGAUGAAAAACAGAAGGGUAACAGCAGUGGAACUGUGAGCUGCCCACAGUGUGGCACAGAAUACAGAAUAGUUUUUCCCAAAAUGGGUCCUCUGGUCUACUUCCUCCAGCAGGUUGAUAGAGCCCUAUCCAGGGCCAGUCCAUUCGCUGCAGCUGGGGUCGUGGUGGGCACCGUCUAUUGGUCGGCCGUUACAUAUGGUGCCGUCACAGUUAUGCAGGUGGUGGGUCAUAAGAAGGGUCUGGACGUGAUGGAGCAUGCAGACCCUCUGUUCCUGCUCAUGGGUUUACCCACCAUCCCCGUUAUGCUGGUACUGGGAAAAAUGAUUCGCUGGGAGGAUUACGUGGUGCGGCUAUGGCAACAACACUCAUCCAAGCUCCAGAUCUUCAGUGGGCUGGUCCCUGGAAUGGGGCGUCCUCUGGCCCGGGCCCCAGCAGAGGGCAGUUAUGGAGGAGACCAUCUCUCUGUGUCUCGCACCCUGUGCGGUGCUCUGGUGUUCCCCUCUGUCGCCAACCUGGUGGGUCGUCUCCUGUUUCGCAGAGUCACUUCCAACCUUCAACGCACCAUUCUGGGUGGCAUUGCCUUCGUGGUGAUCAAGGGAGUGUUGAAAGUUUAUUUCAAACAGCAACAGUAUCUCGUCCAGGCCAACAGACACAUACUGAAUUACCCUGAACGAGAGGCAAGGGCAGACGGCGUUGCUGAGGACGACAAUGACGACAGUGACAAUGAAUGAACACAGUGCACUUGAGGCAAUCUCAACAAAUGCACUGUAGUAUAGUAUACUUUCAGAUUAAAACAACAUAUUUAAAGAUGUUUUAAAGAUUAAAUCAUUAUUCUAUUUUACAUGUCCCUAAUUAAGUGUUUAAACACAGAUUAGGCAUUUACUUAGCUACGUAUUGUUUAUUUAAUUCAAGGAUGGCUCAGAUAUUCUCUCAUCAGUGAGAAACUGUUGGUGGUUUGGGUGUUAAAGUGCCUGUAGUAGCAAAAUGAACCAUUAGAUGGCGCCAAAUGUAAGGUUAUUAAUACUGCACUGUGCACUGAUGUCUCUUGUGAGAAAAGACAUUUUAAUUUAGACUGCUAUUUAGGCAUAUACCAGCAAAGUCAUCUAAGCAUUUUGCAAGUGAACUGAUCGAUUCGAAAUAAAGGUAACUCUCACUGGAUCAUGACGAAUAAAUGACAAUGAUAAAUAAAAGACUAAUAAAACAAUU